AUGAAGCUCCUCUCGCUGUCCAUAUCGAUCGCCGUAGCCAUCGUAUCCAUCAUUGUCUUUCGCGACCAAGUCCUCGAUUUUGCGAUCGCUAGCUUUGACAGUAUCCUCAAGCACAUAAACAAUCUGGCAAGCGAUCCUUCGAGCGCCAACUCCACGACGAACUCGACCGUCGAAUCCGACUCGGCUUACUACAAUCCAAGCGAACAGCCCGUCGCAGACGACAUGUCGGUCCCGCGCGCAAUCAGCAAGGUCUUCCUGGCCGUCGAGCAGGCCGAGGGCGCCGGCGCUCGCGUCCGUCGAUCCAUCGGUACACCACAACUGCGCCAAUUCUCGCCCUUCCUGAUGCUCGACCACUUCAGCAUCAAGCCCGGCGCCGGGUUCCCAGACCACCCGCACCGCGGGCAAGAGACCAUAACAUAUCUCCUGACAGGCGGCGUCGACCACGAGGACUUCGCCGGCAACGCCGGCACGAUCGAGGCGGGCGACCUGCAGUUCAUGACAGCGGGCCGGGGCAUAAUGCACGCCGAGAUGCCGCGGCAGAACCCCGACGGCAGCGCCAACGUCGGGCUGCAGCUGUGGGUCGACCUGCCGGCGCACCUCAAGUCCUGCGAGCCGCGGUACCGCGACCUCAAGGCGGCCGAGAUCCCGCAGGCCGACGUCGACGACGGCAGGGUCCACAUCAAGGUCAUCUCGGGCCGCGCCGCCGGCGUCGACAGCGUCAAGGACUUGGCCUACACGCCCGUCUGGAUCCUGGACGUUGAGAUCAAGCCCGGCGGCCGGCUGGCGCAGCCGGUGCCGAGGGGGUUCAACGUGUUUUCGUAUCAGCUCGAGGGCGCGGCCGUGUUUGGGCACGGCGACGCGAAGCGCACUGUCGAGCAGUACCACAACUGCGUGUUUGAGCCCGAGGGCGAUGCCGUCAAUGUCGAGGUGCCGGAGACUGCGAGCGGGAAUGCGCGGUUCGUGCUUGUUGCGGGCCAGAUCCUCGAUCAGAAAGUGGUGCAGUACGGCCCCUUCGUGCUGAAUAGCCCUGAGGAGGUGCGGCAGGCAAUGUUCGAUUACCAGUUCCACACGAACGGUUUUGAGAGGGCGAAGGACUGGGCGAGUGAGAUCGGCAAGUCGAUGGUGCAUUGA